AUACCUAAUUCCACAACAUUUUCUCUAAUUUCUUCAUAUUUUUCUGAAUAAAAAUUCCAUUUUUCUACAAUGAGCGUUUACACAGAAGAAUAUUUGAAGAAUAAAUUAACCGAAAAACUAAAUGCUGCAUUCGUGAAAGUUGUUGACGAAUCAGACGGUUGUGGUGGCAAAUUUAAUGUGAUUAUUGUAUCGCCAGAAUUCGAAGGAAAAUCGAUUUUACAACGCCAUCGUCUUGUGAACUCAGCAAUUGCCGAGGAAUUGAAAACCAUUCACGCUUUCUCGCAGAAGACAUUCACACCCGAGCAGUGGGCCAAGGAACAGGAGAAAACCGCCUAA